AUGCUAGACUACAAACUUCAACGUCUUAUAAACAACACCAUCAGAUUCAUCUUCAAUUUGAGAAGUGAUGAGCAUGUCACUCCCUACAGGCAUUCACUAAACUGGCUCACGUUUAAAUCUAAACUAAUGUACUCGUUAGCGUGCUUCAUCUACAAACUUCUAAAAUCAGGUGAACCAAAGUUCCUUAGAAGUUUCUUCGUUGAAGAAUCCACAGAUAUCAGAAGAUCGGAAAGAAUUGCUGCUAAACAAAUCAACAUGUCUUUUAAAAUGCCUAACUUCUCAACUACUACCUUUGAGCAUUCCUUCAUAAUUUCUGCGAUCCGAAUUUGGAGGGAAUUAUCAUUUGAAGUCACAAAUUCACUUAGCCUAAAUACUUUUAAAACUUUUGAAUUCUUCAUGAAGCGUGAACGAGACAAUGAAUCUUAA